AUGACUGAAUCGGAAGAAACCCUUAGCUGGAAUCAAAUUCAGGAAUUAAUCCAGUCGGGAGAACUAUACAAGCUUGUACGUUCGCCAGAAGUGGCUGCCUCCUACCGAGAGUUCAGGGCAAAAUUAGAAUCCCAGGGUUGGAACUUGGUUUCUCACAUAUUGGAAACAAGGCUUCAUUGGGAACAAUCAGAGUUGCAACAGUUGAACACAGUAAAAUAUCCCACAGACGAAGAUAAGGCAGACGCCAUCUUUAGAGAUAAAAGCACGCUCAAAAUACUCAAAAAUGACUUCCCAUACAACUUCGAGUCUGACGUUUCGCACCUGCUGGUCUGGUCCAAAAUCUACAUACCCUUAUACCUCCCUCUAGGCGAUAACGUGCCAGACUUGGAGUACCACAAACAUAUGAACCCUAAGGUCAAGUCGCUCGUCGAAAGAUUAUUGCAUCAAAUGCUCUCGCCACUGGGCUUAACCGAAUACGUGUGGUUCAUUAACUAUCCAAGGUUGCAAAGUAUUAAAACAGUCUCUCACAUUCAUGUGCUAAUUAAGUCAUCUGAUACCAAGUCCGUCGAGCGUCUUUUGACUGACGAGUCGUUGAUAGUUCCGAUCUCCUGA